AUUCAUAUGACUGUUCUACACAGUUCUCGGUUCCGAAAAACCGAAAGUUCUGAUGCCGACGCAAAUGAUAAUAAAUAUCGCGAUCGUGCGGCCGAACGUCGAACAGGUGCAAACCCUGAUUAUCAAGACACGGAGCAAAUAUUAAAGGCCCUUAACAAUAGCGAGGAAUUGGAGGCAAAAUUAGUUUACGAACAAUCGAAAUACUUGGGUGGUGAUACAGAACACACACAUUUGGUCAAAGGUCUUGAUUAUGCAUUACUUGCCAAAGUACGUAGCGAGAUUAACAGAGAGGGCGAGGAUAUUAAAGAGGAAAGGGAUGAAGAAUUGGACGCUGCAUUGGAAAGAAUAAAAGAGGAAACGCUAGAAACCCCGAGAAUAAAUAGUCGCCUUGCGCGAGCUGUGUAUGAUAUUAUCAUGAAAGAUUCCAAGAAAAAACCACCCAAGGUAAACGAGUUAUUUGUCACAGGACGGAUGGCAUAUGUAUUUGAGAUGGCGGAUGAAAAGGGCAGAUAUGGGGAUGCUUUUGCUAUACCUACAACUGUUAUUCGUAGCAAGGCCGAUAUUAGCGACUACGCUGGAACUGAUAAAUCUACUAAUGAUUUGGUGAUUGAGAAAAUAUCACGAGUAAUGGCUUACGUACGGAAGUCUGGCGGGGUGGAGAACAAAGAAAAAAAA